AUGAGCUCCUGUGGCUUAGCCCUGGCACCUCCAGCCAAGAACGUGGUGGUUUAUCGCAAUGGUGACCCCUUCUUCCCCGGGAGGAAGGUUGUAGUGAACCAGCGGCGGUUCCUGACCUUUGAGGCAUUUCUGAAUGAGUUGACCAAGAGCAUUUGCGCACCCUUGGCUGUGAGGAACCUCUACACACCCAGGCACGGCCAUCGCGUCGCUGAGCUGGGGGACCUGCGGGACGGGUGCCAGUACGUGGCUGCGGGCUUUGAAAAGUUCAAAAGGCUCGAGUAUUUAAAUCACGGAAGGAAGGAGCUCCGUGGGAUGAGGAACGGUGACGGUCUGCAGUUCCGCACUGUAGCUCCCUGGAAGUCGAACGUCUUGGUGCGAUGGCAGAAGCACACCCACCUGCCCUGCAUGAUACAUGUUUUCCGGAACGGGGAUUUGCUGAGCCCUCCUUUCCCACUGCUGCUCUCCCAGAGCACCCCACAGCAGUGGGAUGCGCUCCUGGCCACGCUGACAGAGAAAGCCGACCUGCGCAGCGGAGCUGUUAACAAGCUCUGCAGGCUGGACGGAACCCAGGUGUCUGGCGGGGAGGAGCUGGUGAAUGGCAAUUACUAUGUGGCAGUGGGAAAUGAGGAGUACAAAAAACUGCCUUACUUUGAGCUGCUGGUGCCCCAGGAUUCUGUGUACAAGACGCUGUGUUUGGUGAACUCUGUGCCCCCUCCUGGGACAGAGCUGGUGACUCUGCUCUUGCUGAACCACCUCAACAGUAUCAACUUAAAACCCCGGUCAGAGAAUGCAGUGUUACAGCUUUGUACCAAAGAAAGUGUUUAUAAAACCAGAGAGCCUUGGAAGGAGAUGCGAGAUGCCCAGGAAGUAAAAGAGGACGAACACACAAGGGUGGACGUACCCAUUGAUCAG